UACACAUUUCCGCCAUAUUGAACCAUCAACUGAGUAAGCCAUAUUUCGGUUAAACAAGAUCCUUUUGGUUAAAAAGUGCCAAUAUGGGAAAGAAUCGCAAGAAAGGUAGGAAGGUGUGGUUGAAUUCGUGUCUGUGCAGUUGAUUUUCAUAUACUGGAUUUUUUUACCAUCUGCUGAUCCGUUGUCAGGACUUUUGAUGUAUGUUCAUGUGUGUCUGUGUGCGAGUUGUUUCUGUUUUCCAAAUCAUGUUAAAAGUUCUCAAACGUCAUUCGCUUGUUAUGAACAUUACUGCCCUCUCAAUAAGCCCAGAUUCCUAAGAUGACUGGAAGUAAUUCUAAGCUUAUGUUAAAUUUCUCUUAGAAUCCUUCAUCUUGUUUACUUUACUCCGUUGUAGUGAAUCCCAGUGCUUCUAGAGCUGAACUGAUGAUGAUGACAGUGUCAGACAUUGUGAGUCAGUUGAUCACAGCACACGAGAAAGGAAAUGAUGUAAAUCUAAACAAGUUAGUGCCUGAUAUCUGUUAACGCACACAUUUGAGGAUGUUAUUUCAUAACCUUUUUGUCCAGCCUCUUUCACAGCUGUUAUUUAGCCUCGUUAUGCAGCACUGUCUAGUCUCCUUAUACAUGGACACGUCUUACUCCUAAAACAUUUGCUUGUGUAACGCUUGGAUGGUCUACUGUUCAGUUUUUCCAGAUUUUCUUAAAAAUCGGUUUUCAGUGGCGUGCAAUGUGUAAUGCUGUAGUCAACAACAGCAAAUCUAAAUUAUAAAAAAGUGUCACAUUCUUGUAUCAUUGCUCGAUAUUACUGUUAUGUCCUGGUUUAUAAGGAUCAAAGGACAAGCUGCCAGUAAAUACGGACUGACAUCGCAACCCAGACUGGUGGAUAUCAUUGCUGCUGUUCCUCCUGCCUAUAAAAAGGUUAGUUCCUGAAUUCUUUGCUUAUUAGUUUUCAGUAAUUAUUUUCACAAAGGGAUUGCUCUGGAAUAUUAAUUUCAAUGAAACAGGAAUUCGUGUACUUUACCCGGUUAGGUCUUACUUCCAAAGUUGAAAGCCAAACCAGUAAGAACAGCUUCAGGGGUGAGUAUCCUGAUGCUUUUUAUUUUGCAUUGUAUUGUAUAGGUAGUGGUUAUGAGGGACAAUACUGUUGUUCUCAUCAUUGUUACUUGUUAGGCACUUUUUUAGAAAUUAUGCGUGGUGACUAUUAUCAUAAGCAAGGGGUAUAUCUUUGAUUUAAGUAAUUCUCAUUAGUUAUCCUUAGAUAUAUAUAAGGCAGACAAUAAGGAGACUCAAUAUUGCUGUUUAAUGAGUCCAAGGAUGGAAACCAUUGCUUUAGUAGGACUAUUUUAUCUCUUUAGGGAAUGGUGAUUUUCCACAACGAAAAAAAAUGGAUUUUACUUACCUUUUUUAUUAUCCCAGAUUGCAGUUGUGGCUGUUAUGUGCAAACCUCAUAGAUGUCCUCAUAUAAACAUGACUGGAAAUAUCUGUGUGUAAGUUAGCAUAACUCUGCGCUUCUGCUACUGUCAAUGUUGGUAAAUCAACAGGCUUAGUGAUGGAGAAUGUCUGUGACUUUAUCUGUGAGAAUUUAGACAUUAUGCUGAACUGGAUUCAAUAUCACAAUGUCAAAGAUCUGCAUCAGAUAUAUUUACCCUUCAAGCUGAAAAGUAGCCUUACUGUUGUUUAUUUUUUGGAAGAUGGAUGAUAAAGUUUCUGUGACAAGUGGCUUGCACUUCACAAACCUAACAUUAUUUUUAUUGUAAAUGACUGUGUAGUUCUUCAAGACAGCAAAUCAUAAAAUGUGUGUUCCACUUUUUGUAGAUAUUGCCCAGGAGGACCAGACUCUGAUUUUGAAUACUCUACACAGUCUUACACUGGAUAUGAAGUAAGGUUUUUUUAAGUAUAAACCAGGCUUUUUUUAAUGAAAUAUUUCUCCUGCAAAUUGCUUGGCAAAUAUAUCUCAGUCAUAUACUUCAACUCUUUUCUUUUAGCCCACGUCAAUGAGAGCAAUACGAGCACGAUAUAACCCUUAUCUACAAACAAGACAUAGAAUUGAUCAGGUGAAUAUUGUCUUAUAGUGGUAGUCUUACAGCGGUAGUCUUACAGCAGUUUAGUUGCUUGUGGAUGGUGGUUUGUCUUGAACUUGCCAUAUUGAAAUACUAGUAAUUAUUAAUCACUACUUGAUUUGUAGCAUUUGGAGGGCAGCAGGUGAUUAUAAAAAUCUCCAGUUAUGUAAUUGCGGAAAGUCCUUUGUUCAAAGGUUGGACAAGUCUAUCCACUGAAUAAAUCUCUAUCUGGUGGAUAACGCUUUACAUUUUGCUAUCACUUAUCGGCUGGAUAGCAAUUUAUAGAUUGGAUAGUGUUAACCGCCCUUUAUACAACUAGGCCCUGAAUUUCACUGGUUCCUAACAAUCUUUUUGUAUGGAGCAGAGGAGGAAGGUGUGAAUAGGCAAGGCUGGCUGAAGCUGGUCUGCAGUGGUGGUAGGAGAGACAAAGUGGAGAAGGAGGGUGAAUCCUAUAGGAAACAGGCAGUCUUAGUAUAGAGAGCUUAUUCUUCUGGGAUCUGAGGGGCCAACUUCACAAACAAGCUAGAUUGACAGACACAUGUACUUGUAACAGUUUAAACUUUUUGCCCUGCUGGCAAGUGGAAUAAUGUAUUUGGUGUCUAAUGACCUCAUGAGAAUAUUUGGUAUUUUCUUCAGCUUAAACAGUUGGGCCACAGUGUGGAUAAGGUGAGAAUUAAUAAUACACUUCUGUUUUUGUACACUCAGAUCACCUCUAAGUGACAUCUGUUACAAUUUGUUAAAUCAUAUUUGGUUAAGUCUAACAACCCUUAAUUAGUGACCUGCAUAUUCCAGUCUCUCUAGCUAGGAGGAACCAAAAGCAUUACUUCAUCUUGUGUAUGGGAUACCUGUGGCAUUUACUUGAUGGUUUAGUUAUAAUUUGUUAGUGUCCAUAUGACCUCUUGGGUCAAGAGAGGGACAAGCAGAUUCACACAUCUUCCUUUAGAGAAUCUUACUUUCCUAGUCAAGGUUUCCGCUUAUGUCCAAAACUUCAAAACAGGUUGUAUUGUUCAUUAUAUUUUGAAGGUUGAGUUUAUUGUAAUGGGAGGUACAUUCAUGUGUCUGGAUGAAAGCUAUAGAGAUUUCUUUAUAAGGAAUCUCCAUGAUGCCCUGUCAGGUCACACAAGUAAUAAUGUGGAUGAAGCAGUCAAGUAAGUCUAUCAUCAAGCUCUAUUAAUUUGAAUGAAAGGGAUAAGAAACCAUGGUGCUGUGUUGGUGGGAGUAUUCCAUUCAUUUUAUCAACUGAUUGAUGAUAUAAAUUGCCUACCAUAAAGUGUUUUUAAAGCUGAUGUUUUGAGCAUUAAGCCUUUGUCAGGUGAAACAAUUGGUAAUUUACUAUUAUUGAAAUAAAAUCUCUGUCAGUUGUUGAUUAUUUGCUUUAUAAGAGCACAUAGUGGAAACCAUUUAAUACCCAGUAAAGGUUUUCAGCCAGGGGAGCAGUAUUUAGAUUAUUGCAGUACAGUGAAAAUUACUUGAACUUAGUAUUCUGAACCUGUUUUUUUCUUAUGCCACUCAGGUACUCAGAGAGGAGCAAGACAAAGUGUAUUGGUAUAACUAUUGAAACAAGACCGGAUUACUGUCUGAAAAAACAUCUUAGGUGAGUGUUCUACUUUUUCAAGAAUACAAAAGGAAAAAGCCAAAUCACUUCCCCCUUUUUAUCUUCAAACUGUUAUACUGGAUUGCAUGUUUGGUGGAAUAAUUAUUCUGUUCUGUAACCUGAAUAAAGGGAGUAAGUUUCUAAAGAAACUGUGGUGCUACAUUGGUGGGAGAGUAUAGGAGGUAAUUUAGUGUUAACAACUGUAAACAUAAAUUAGUCACCAUAAAGAGUUUGAAGGCUGAUACUUUGAGUGUCAGCCAGAUUGCUCUGACAAAGUGCUUACACUCGAAACAUCAGCCUUUAAACUCUAUACGGUGACCAAUUUACAUUUUCAACUGAGUUGUUAACAUUAUAUAACCUGUUUUGUAAGAUGCCUGUUGACCUGCAAGGGGAAACCUUACAGGGUUGACAGAGCCUAGAACUAUACUUAAAUUUUAAAAUUCAGUUGAGAUAUCAAGCAAUUUGAUGAAGCUGGAACCCAAAAAGCUAAUUUGUCUAGUUCCAAUUUUGCAUCUUUUACCAAUUUCUAAUUACAAAUUAGUUUCUGUUCUUUUUCAUAACACUCUUGAGCUGUUAGCAAGAUUUGCAAUCCUUUCCUGUUUCAUAUUUUUAGUUCCAUGCUAAUGUAUGGCUGCACUCGCCUGGAGAUUGGUGUCCAGAGCGUGUAUGAAGAUGUGGCAAGAGAUACUAACAGGUAAACAUGAUGGAAUACAUGAGAGAGGAUACUUGCUUUUUGUAAAGUUUCCCUUUUUUAUGUAAUUGUAUAAUUCUCAACCACAAUAGACACAGCUAUUAAUGGAUCAAUUUAACUAUACUUGAAAAUAAAUUUUUUUUUUUUAUGUGUGAGUGUGAGGGGGGGGGGAUUCCGGAGGGGUACAGAAGACGGAAAUGGAAGGCAAAAAUGCCACCAUUUGUCUAUCAUGAAUCUGUGAUAUUUCAAAUAGAGGAUUGGAGACAGGAUUCAAAGCGUCUGGCAGUGAAGAAGCAGUGUAACACCUUACCUUUCCCCAACUCAUGUGUGAUCUGUAUUGAGGAUUUGGCUAAAUUCCCUUACAAUUAUUGUAUGAUGUAUGAGCUGUUAACAGAUGUUUACUAUGCAAGUGAACAUUUUCCCUUCACACCAUUUUCAGAGGCCACACUGUCAGAGCAGUGAGUGAGUCAUUUCACUUGUCUAAAGAUGCAGGAUUCAAGGUAAAGCUGUUAAUUCAGUUUGAGAUUUUUCCUUUAAAAAAAGUUUUUUCAAUUGUCAAGAAUUUGUCAAUUUACUCUUAUUUGUGAAUCAGUUACUCACAGAGAGUUCCAACUAAUGUAUAUAUUUACACAUACACAUAUAUAUAUAUUAUUUUUGUAUAUUAUUUUUGGAAAGUAACAAAAACUCUAAACUUGUUUAAUUUUGUUUUUAGGUUGUCUCUCAUAUGAUGCCUGAUUUACCAAAUGUAGGACUGGAACGAGACAUUGCACAAUUCAUAGUUAGUGAAAUUUAACACAACAAUUUGAUGUUUUGUUUUUACAUAAGAAUAUUUUCUUAUAGUUUUGGCACUAAACUGUUUGCUUCUUUUGUAAUCUUAGGAGUUCUUUGAAAAUCCAGCGUUUCGCGCUGAUGGUUUGAAAAUUUACCCAACCUUGGUAAUCCGUGGUACAGGUAAGUGAAAGAAAAUUUUAAUUUCAUGAGAAAGCAAUUUCAUUGUCUCACUGAACACUUUUUGUGAGCGCUCUUUCAUAAUUAUCAACUCCUUGAUAAGCUUGCCCACGACGAUGCAUUGCACAGGGAAAGGUUGAACAACCUUUUUUUUUCGAAGGAUACCCUUAAUUAAUACGGUUCAUUAACUUAUUCUCUUUUUUUUAUGUGGGAUCUUUCACAACUUGUUUCAAACAUUUUUAGGUUUGUACGAGUUAUGGAAGACCGGCCGCUACAAGAGUUACCCUCCUAAUACAUUGGUGGAUUUGAUCGCGAGGAUUCUAGCGUUAGUACCACCCUGGACACGAGUCUAUAGAGUGCAAAGGUUAGUCUCACAAACUGGAAGUGAGGGGGGAACCCUUAUACAAAUUAUUCACAGUUUUGUUCGUGUGAGUCGACUUAUGUUAAGUACAUUUCUGAUGGCAAUGUGCAUAAUCUUUAUACAAAACUGUUAGGUGUCUCCAUCAGCUUUGAUCCACUACGUCCAGUUAACUGGUGAAGAAAAUCGCGCAACGGUCUGGACCAAUCAGAUGUACAUGUAAAACCAAAUCCGACCAUAACUUGAUUGCUUCAUUCAGGCAGUUUUUCCUGAGAUUUUACUUUGAGCUCUCUUUGGCUCCUUCGGUCUGAAUGGCUGCUGUAAUUAAUUUGGUACUUCGAAAUUAAGAGAUCCUUGCAGCUAAGAACACUACUGAACUAGUAGUUGAAAAUAGGACCUGAAAAAAUUCAGGCUCGUACGGGAUUUGAACCCAUGACCUGUGUGAUACCGGUGCAGCGCUCUACCAACUGAACCAGAGGUCAUGGGUUUCAAAUCCCGUACGGGCCUGAAUUUUUUACUAGUUCAGUAGUGUUCUUAGCUGCGAGGAUCUCUUAAUUUCGUUUCUUCAACGCAGUGCAAAUAUAUGAAUUUCAUAUAUCUAAAAUCAUCAUUCAUCACUUGGAUGGUUUAUUUGGACCCAACACAUUGGCCAGCUCAUAGUUAGCUUGUUAGCUCAGUUGGUAGAGCGCUGCACCUGUAUCGCAGAGUUCAUGGGUUCAAAUCCCGUACGGGCCUGAAUUUUUUUCAGGUCAUAUUUUCAAUAACUAGUUCAGUAGUCUCCUUAGCUGCGAGGAUCUCUUAAUUUCAUUUCUUCACCGCAGUGCAAAUAUAUGAAUUUCAUAUAAUUUGGUGCUUGUUUUACCACGCUCAAAUGAAAUGCGCUCCAAGUGUUUGCUUUUGUCUCAGGGAUAUCCCCAUGCCUUUAGUAAGUUCUGGUGUCGAACAGGGCAACUUGAGGGAACUGGCACUAGCACGUAUGAAGGAUUUGGGAACACAGGUUAGAAUUUUGUUCCUGGAGUUGCGCUCAAUGUAACUUGUCUACUGUCACUUCUACUCUUUAGUUUUGAGUAUUUCAGGAAUUCGAGUCGGACGUCGGGAUUAUAAUAAAGCAAUUUUGGUCUACUGUCACCGAUGUUUUUCUUGUCAGUGAGAAGUGUGUUGGUUUUCUUUUUUUUUUUCAAUUUUAUGUAUUGCUCUUCACUUCAUGUUAGUGUCGUGAUGUUCGAACCCGUGAGGUUGGCAUACAGGAAAUUCACCAUAAGGUUCGACCAUUUGAGGUAAGUUAAGGCUUAUUUGAUAUGAUUAUUUAAUGGCAUCAACAAAUUCUCCAAGUGUUGGUGACAUCCGCAAUGUCAAGUGUUCUUUUCCGCUUCCUGCUUAGUUCUUAAGUUUAUUGUAACGCCUCACAUUCUCGUCGUUUUUCCUGCUUAGCUCGAUAAAUUUAGUCAGAGGGUGCAGUGUUACGGUUUUUCAAUUUUUUUAAUCAAUGUAGGAAUUGACUACAUCGUGAGAUAAACGAUAGAACUACAUUAUUAUUGCAUUUAAACAUUAGGACUUUAUGACAUUACUUUUAAGUUUUUCUAGAUGAAGGGCUGUAAUGUCGCGCCAUCUCAGUAAUGUUCUUGUUGAUGUUUCUUCUACAGAUUGAGCUUAUUCGCCGAGACUAUGUGGCGAAUGGUGGAUGGGAAACGUUUCUGUCCUAUGAAGACCCAGAGCAAGAUAUCCUUUUUACUUUAAUAUAUAACGCAUAGUUUUGUUGUGACUUUUUCCUCUGCGGUCACCAGCCAGCGAGCGCUCCGGCACAAGCGUUUCUUUGCUCGCGGACCCGUGUGAGGUCUACAAAGGGUCUGAUACUCAUUAACAGUCCCAGACCCCAGCAAAAUUACCCUCAGUCGUCUCAAAUGGUCCCACGGACGGUGAAACGCGCGUCCUGCAGCGCUAGUGAUGAGGGCGUGCCCGUAGACUCUUGAGUCACAGACAUUUUGAUAAAUAUAUAAAGGAUAUUUUUUUCUGAAUUUUAACCCAAGAAGAUUUUUAUAGAUCUGAUCAGUUUGCUUACUAGUUUCGUUGAAUACAUCUUGAAGAUCGGUUUUCCUUCACGGUCUACAGAUAUUUUAGUCGGCCUGUUAAGAUUGAGGAAGUGUUCAGAGGCAUCCUUCAGACCUGAAUUGAAAGGAGGCUGUUCUAUCGUCAGAGAACUUCAUGUGUAUCUUUUUUAUGAGACUUAGGAUAAAACUUAAGUAUUUAAUGUGGAAUCAUUAAUUCAUCAAAAACGCCCAAAGGAAUAUUUCAAUAUUUAUAAGACUCUUAUUCUUUAUUCCGCGAAAUUGGUGUAUGGUAUAUCAGCUCAUACACCACGGCCUGUAGACCAGUCAGAAUUCAGGAACUGGACCAUAUGAUGACUAAUUGUAAUUUUUCAUAGGGAGUUACAUCCUGACAUUUUGGGUUCCAUUCCUUAACUAAUCACAACAAGGAUAGGUAAAAGGGGGGGGAGGGGAUGGAGACGGUGGUGUAUUGGCUGAAAUUUUAACACCGUAAACUUGUUUAUUUCUUUAAGCAAGUAGAGGCCAUAAGAAUGCAAUGAAUCCAGUCCAAGCUUUUUUUCUUUUUCCUUAACUUGUUACCUUAGUUACGGCAGUGUAGUUCCUGUCAGCGCCCGCGAUCCUUCCAAAUUUCAGCAUCAAGUAAGUUCCCGUGUGAGGUGGUAACAGUUGGAAAAUGUAGUUAGUUAGGAUUGUUACUAAAGGUGUCUCGUUUCUCAGGGUUUUGGAAUGUUGUUGAUGGAAGAAGCGGAGAGAAUUGCCCGCGAAGAGCAUGGCUCACAGAAAAUUGCCGUAAUUUCAGGUAUUUAUCUGUUUUAA